GCUCAUUCCCAGAAUUUGUGGCAUUUUGUGUGGCGUCUUAUUAUCGGAUAUUUAGAUUUUAACUGUAAUAAGAACAGGGAUAACACGAUGCUGAGCCGCAAGCGCCGGGCGAGCAGCAUAUCCAGCCGGCAGGACGAGGAUCCGCUGCAGCUGGACGACUCGACGCCGGAGCAGUCACCGGUGCAGCAGACGACGACACAAUCGGCGCGAAAAAAGCGCCGUCUCGAUCCCACAGAACUGUGCCAGCAAUUGUACGAUUCCAUAAGGAACAUAAAGAAGGAGGACGGUUCAAUGCUGUGCGACACCUUCAUCCGCGUGCCGAAGCGCCGGCAAGAGCCCUCGUACUAUGACGUGGUGGUCAAUCCCAUUGAUCUGCUCAAGGUUCAGCAGAAGCUGAAAACCGAUUCCUACGACGAUUUGGAUGAUCUGAUGGCCGACCUGGAGCUGCUUAUUGGCAAUGCCAAGGCCUUCUACAUACCGGGCAGUAGCGAGCACCAGGACGCAGUCUCUCUGUGGCAGCACAUUCAUUCGCAGAGACAGCGCAUUAUGGAGGCAAAUGGAUUGGCGGAGGAGGAGCCGCGUGCCAGACGCAUGUCGCGCCAAGUGCGCCGAAUGACCAGCAGCACUGAACCUGGUGGCGAUGGAGCAACUGAUGACGAGUACAACCAGUACGAGGAGCUCUUCGCCUCCGUUAUGACCGCUACCGAUCCCGUGGGCGAUCGGUUAAUGCACCGCAUGUUCCAACUGCUGCCCUCCAAGAAAAUCUAUCCAGACUACUACGAUGUCAUUGAGCAUCCCAUUGAUCUGCGCCUGAUUGCGACCAAAAUACAAAUGAACGCUUACUCCUCGCUGGCGGAGAUGGAACGGGAUCUGCUACAAAUGACCAAAAACGCAUGUCUGUUCAACGAGCCUGGUUCUCAGAUCUAUAAGGACGCCAAAUCCCUGAAACGGAUCUUUACGCAGCGGCGUAUUGAGCUGGAGAUGGGCAAAGGCAAGCUGGCUAAGCGCGUCAAGAGUCUCUCCAGUGCAGCAAUUGCUGCACUAAAAGAGGAGGUUGACAGCUCGGACGACGAGGAGACCAGCAAAAAGGGCGAGGGGCCCAUGUGGGCAUUGUUCGAUCACUUGUACAACGCACCAGGAACUUCGGAACAUCCGGGAGUUACUGGUCCUCCAUUGGGAAACUCUCUAUGGAAACUGCCAGUUCGUCGUUUCCAUCCCGAAUAUUUUGAGCUGAUCAAACGACCCAUAUCUAUGAGCCAAAUCCACACAAAGCUCAAAAAGGGCGAUUAUGCGAACAUUAGUGAUCUCACCGCCGAUCUAUAUCUCAUGCUGGACAACGCCAAAAAGGCGUUUCCGACGUCCCAUCGCACUCACAAGGAUGCGCUGAAAAUGUUAAAGCUAAUGAAUGCCAAGCUGGUGGAGGAGUCUCUCGAGGAGGGCAGUGAUCUGGAUGACGAGGAUGCAGAGGAAAUGGACACAGAGGUAUUUACGGUUAGCACGCAGCCGGAAAAGCGCAAGCCGGGCAGACCCCGCAUCAACUCCAAUUCGAACUCUAACGCCUCCCAUACACCAAAUAACUCGAAUUCACCCAAAUCAAAUCGCAUUGCCAUCAACGCGGCUAUUAAAAAGAAGAUUCUGAGCAUACAGAAAUAUUUGGUGGACUACUCCUUGGGCAAUCGUCGUCCCAUCGAAAUGUUUAUGGAAAAGCCGCCUCGCAAGAUUUAUCCGGACUACUACGAUAUCAUUCAAAACCCCAUUGACAUGAACACUAUCGAGCAUAACAUUCGCACAGAUCGCUAUGCCGCCGUGGAGGACGUGGUAUCCGACUAUCGACUUAUGUUUUCCAACUGCCGACAGUAUAAUGAGGAGGGCUCUAACAUAUACGAGGAUGCCAAUAUAUUGGAACGAGCUCUAAAUGAAAAGCUCAAGGAGUUCCCUGGUCUUACAGAGGGCAAAAAAAGCCAGCAGAAGUACAGCAAGGUGGGAAGAAAGUUAAAGACCGCUGUAAUUACAGAGCGGCUGUGGCAAUUCUAUGAAACAGUAAAGGAGUACCAGGAGCCCAAGGGUAAGAGGCAGCUGUCGCUUAUAUUUACGAAGUUGCCAUCCAAGAGCGAGUAUCCGGACUACUACGACAUUAUCAGGGAACCUAUUGACAUGGACCGAAUCGCUCAGAAACUUAAACAGGGCGCUUAUGAUACCUUAGAUGACUUGGCAGCGGACUUUCUGCUGAUGCUGGAGAACGCCUGCAAGUAUAACGAGCCAGACUCGCAGAUCUACAAGGAUGCGCUCGUGCUACAACAAUUGACACUGCAGCUGAAGCAACAACUGCGCACCGAGCGCGAUUCUCUUCCGGAUGUUCCUUUGGCUGUUCAGGAGCUGUUCCUCACACUGUUCACGACUAUUUACAAUCACCAGGACGAGGAGGGACGUUGCUACUCGGAUUCCCUGGCCGAACUGCCGGAGUACGAUGAGAUUGGCGAAGGACCCAAGGUUCGCGGCAUUUCGCUGGACCUUGUAAAACGAAGGCUUGACAAAGGAGCUUACAAACGGCUUGAUGUUUACCAGGAAGAUAUUUUUGCCUGUUUGGAACGUGCAAGAAAGUUGUCCCGCACAGAUUCGGAUAUUUUUCAGGACUCCAUCGAGUUGCAAACAUACUUCAUUCGCAAGAGAGACGAGUUAUGCAAGGACACACUUAGCUCAUCCGCUUUAAAUUUUAGUCUAGAACGCCUUAUGGCUGAUGUGGAGCUGUGUCGCCAGCAAAAAAUGCAACAAGAGGAACAGGACCAAGAGCAGGAUAAGGAGAAGGAUGAAUUCAAUGCAGCCAAGGGUGAAAGCAUGACAAUAAACCAGCAGGUGUUUUCUCCCGGCGAUUACGUAUACGUGCAAAUGCCGGAAAACAAGAUUCCCUCGAUAUGCUGCAUAGAGCGCCUCUGGACAUCACCCACCAAUGAGAAGCUGAUGCAGGCUUCGAUCUUUGUACGGCCCCACGAAACGUACCAUGUAACCACUCGCAAGUUCCUCGAAAAGGAAGUGUUCAAGAGCAGCCUUUCGCAGACCAUCUCGAUGGAUAAAGUGCAGGGCAUGUGCUACGUAAUGAACAUAAAGGAUUACAUCAAGAUGCGUCCGGAAAACUUGCCUGAAAAGGAUGUUUACGUUUGCGAGUCUCGUUACAAUAUCCAAGGUCGCUGGUUCAAGAAGCUGAAGAGCUGGCCGCCAGUCCGUGAAGGCAGCUCGGUGAAGUUCGUUCCACGAGAGCAGCCAUUGGAGUUAAAACGUGUGAUGUCUGUGUUUAAGGAGCGUUUGGAAAAGCACAAAGGAGAACUGGAGGAGCUGAAGCUCCAAGAGACGCUGGUCGAAAAGGAGAAACCAAAUGUGUCUUGCGAUCCGCCGCCAAAUGCUGAGGUUGGCAGCACGUACUACCAGCAGUACAACACCAUUUGCAGUGGGGCCAUAAAAACGGGAGACUUUGUUUACGUGGCCACCCAAACAGGAAAGCAGUCGGUGGCACAGGUCCAGCAGAUUUGGGAGCAGAAUGGAAAAUCAUACUUUAAAGGUCCAUGGCUGUUACCACCCAGCGAGACGACCCCCGGCUUGGGCAAGCAAUUUUAUCGCCAGGAACUGCUGCUGAGCACAGUCGAAGAGGUCAGUCCGGUGGUGGGCAUCGUGGGUCGUUGCGCCGUCCUGGAGUACUCCGAAUUUAUCAGCUCCCGACCCACGGAGAUAUCCGAAAGCGAUGUGUACAUUUGUGAGUCCGUCUAUGAUGAGCUAAAGAAAGCUCUUCGCAAGUUGGUUACGGGCAACAUGCGCAAGUUCCAACACAGUCCUUCUGUCACCGAGGAUGAGAUCUUUUACUUUAAGACUCCCAUUAAGCCCUCCAAGGACUUUAAGAACGAAUUGAAUGAACUGGGCAUGCUAGAGGAUUCAAUGGAUGGGGAUACACCCUCGCUGAGCUCAGACAUUGCGGCCAUGUCCUCGCCGGCUCCUUCAGUAAACUCCACGCCACUGACGUCCAAAGUUAAGGCCGCCAAAUCGGCCAAAAAAUGUCUUACCGGUUACAUUUUGUACUCUAGUGAAGUUCGAAAAAGCAUUUGCCAGAGCAACCCGGACGCAACCUUUGGAGACAUAUCCCGCAUGGUGGGCACCGAAUGGAAGAAUCUGCCCUCCAGCGUUAAGCAGAGCUGGGAGGAUAGGGCUAGCCGACAGAAUGAGGAGACGGCGGCCCUACGGCGCGAGUUGGACGACGUCCAGAACAGUGCGAGUCCCUCAUCCCAAGUUUCGCAGGAUGUCUUUGGACAGGUGCUCACCUUUGAGUGUCAGUGGGAUAAGUGCGACUUUCAGUUCGAGGAGCUUAGCGACUGCACGGAACAUUGCAUGUCCGAUAGCACCGGACACAUCCAGCGCCAUCCACAAGCGGGCGUGGAGACGGAGUAUGUCUGCCUGUGGCGCAACUGCCCGCGGGUCAAGAAGUCUGUUCAGGCCUUUCCUAACGUUCUGCGCCUCAUCAAGCAUGUGCGCGAGGUCCAUCUGAGCAAGUGUGGCAAGACGAUUUCGGCGGCAGACCGCAGCAAGAAUUUCGUGCCGCGUCGGCAGAAGCAUGCGCAACUGGCCACUACUGUGCCCAUCCCGCCCAGCCUUGCGCAAUCGCCGCGCGCUCCAAGCAAUCUCGAGGCAGUGCAGCUCCAGCAGCAGCAGCAUCCGCAGCAGAACAUGCACCAACUGCAGCAACAGCAAACGAUCGUCUUGGGUCCGCCACCAGAGCCGCUCUUCGUCACAGUGCCGCCGCGCACCACUCGCGUCAUCCACUCGGAGGCCUACAUUAAGUACAUCGAGAGCCUGCAGACGGGCAGCCAUCUGAACGUGGUCACCUGCAACAACAAUUGGCGGCGUGCACUGACCCACAUCACACCCGCACAGGUGGUGGCCAAGACGGCGCUACCCGAGAAGUGGAUCGGACCGAAUCUGCGCGACCAGGGCAACGUGGUGCAGGCACUGUGCCACCUGCGCAACUUCAUGGUCGACGAUAUACUUCAAAUACGGCGCAGUUGCAACUAGCCCAUCGUUCACCGCUAAGCCCAAAGCUUUUUGAGUUCCAUGUUAAUAAACAACACAAACAAAUUAU